UAUUAUUAUUAUUAUUUUCAGUGCGUAACAAUGUGAUUUUUAGGUAAGUAAUGGGUAGGUAUAGAAGUAUUUCUUAACAUGGUUCCGAACUGCUAUUUUUUCAAAUUUACGAUUUUAUAAUAACUCUCGUGCAACAGCGAUGAAUUCUUUUCCGCCCAGAACUGCUACACUUUUGUACGAACUGGACAAAAAGCUUAUGGUUCUUUUACGUGACGGCAGAACGCUUAUUGGUUACUUACGAAGCGUUGAUCAAUAUGCCAAUUUGUUGCUUCAGCAAACAGUUGAACGCAUACAUGUGGGUAAGAAAUUUGGUGAUAUACCCAGAGGUGUGUUUUUGGUGAGAGGAGAAAAUGUCGUUUUACUCGGAGAAAUAGACGCCCUUAAGGAGGCCGAUCAGAUGUUUGAAAGAGUGUCAAUAGGAGACAUUUUAGCAUUACAAAAACAAGAGCAAGAUGCCAAGAUUGAAAAAGCUAAAUCUAUUGAACGUUCUUUGAAAAGAAGAGGUAUGCGAUUUCCUCCUGACCUAGUUCAAGAUGACUUUCUUUGAUUAACAUGAUAAAUUUGCAAAAGUAAACAAUCAACAAAUAGUGAUACUUUAAUGUUUUCCAAUUUUGUAGAUUUGUUAAUUAUUUUAACUUUGAAUUCUAACAAAUUAGUAACUAAAGGCUGUCAAAAUAUUUACAAUUAUAUUUUUUAUUUAAAUAGUAAGAGUAAAAAUUUGUUAGUGUCUUUUAUUAAUUUACCUAAUAAUAAAAUAUGGAAAUUUUUAUAUUCUAUGCAACAACAAAGAAACCAACUUUUUUCUUUUAUGUGUUUCAUUUUUUCCAAAUUCAUUUUUGGUACAAUAAAAGAUCUUGAAAAAAUGUAUGUUACCAUUAUGUUAUUUGAAAAAUUGAUGCCAAUGGUAUAUUGUUUAAAGUAUAGACUAUAUUGUUGACUUAUUCCAUAAAGAUUUGAGCCAAAUGUGUAAUGUAAAAAAAUAAUUAGAUGUUUAGUUAAUUUGUCAUUUAUUUUUUUAUUUAUUCAUUCAACCUUGUAUAAUUUACAUUAAACAUUUAAUUUGUCUUUUAACCAUUAAUCUUUUGUUGAUAAAUUUGCUAUUUUUUUUUUCUCUAUAAUUGUCAGUAUUUUA